AUAUGAAAAUUAUGUAUUAUUAUUGUUUUGUAAAUAAUUUUAACUUGUGUUUUGAUUAAUUUAAGGAAAAUCUAUAAUUAAUCAUGGAAGAUAUAAAUGAUUUGUCUGGAGUUCAAGUUAAUGGUAUUAAACCUAUUAACAAUGACACAGUGCACAAAAUAUGUUCUGGCCAGGUGGUGCUCAGUUUAGCAGUAGCAGUUAAGGAAUUAGUAGAAAAUUCUCUGGAUGCAGGUGCUACAAAUAUUGACAUAAGACUAAAAAAUUUUGGUAUUGACUUAAUUGAAGUUACGGACAAUGGAUCAGGUGUAACAGAAGAUAAUUUUUUAGCUCUAACAUUAAAAUACCAUACUUCAAAACUGAAUGAUUACUCUGAUUUGCUAGGAGUAUCGAGUUUCGGUUUUAGAGGAGAAGCAUUAAGUUCUUUGUGUUCUUUGGCAGACCUUACAAUCACUACUAGACAUAAAAGUUCUCAAUUUGCCACUAAAAUACAGUAUGACCAUAAAGGAAAUAUAACAAAUAAGACACCAUGUUCCCGGCAAAUUGGAACAACUGUUUCCUUGUCAAAUCUUUUUUGUUCUCUACCAGUAAGGAAAAAGGAAUUCCACAAAAAUGCUAAAAGAGAGUUUAACAAAAUGACAAAUUUAUUAUAUGCAUAUUGUUUAAUAUCAAUAGGAGUUAAGAUAACCUGCACUAAUCAUGUUAGUGCUUCAAAUAAAUCAGUAGUUGUAGCUACUCAAGGAUCUUUAUCUUAUAAGGAUAAUAUUGCUUGUGUUUUUGGCCUUAAACAAUUACAAAAUAUAUUUGAAAUUAAAUCAGAUUAUGCAUCCAAUAUAAAAGAUAAUAUAUUUAAGGGUUUAUCUGGAGAGGUAAAAGAAAAUGGUGAAAGUAUCAAUAUAGAAGAUGUUGAAAUAGAUUUAUCUGAAGAUUCAAAUGAUGCACAAAAUGAUGAAACCAAACUUUCACAAGAAAUGGUAACAACAAGUACCCAAAAGUCACAAGGUUAUAAGAAUUUACCUGAUCCAGUAGAACUUGUAGGAUAUAUAUCUUCUUGUGAACAUGGUUGUGGCCGAUCCAGCACGGAUAGGCAAUAUUUUUUUGUAAAUUCAAGACCUUGUGAACCUACUAAAGUUAUAAAAUUGGUUAAUGAAAUAUAUAGGCAGUACAACCCUAAUCAAUAUCCUUUUAUUUUUCUUAACAUUAAUGUGGAAAGAAUUUCAGUAGAUGUAAACGUUACUCCAGAUAAGAGGAAAGUAUUUUUAACAAAGGAGAAGUUUAUAUUGGAUGUUCUUAAAGCUUCGCUAUCAAAACUUUUUGAAAAUGUACCUAGAACAUUAAAAGUAGAGACAAUGUCAUCACUUAGUCAAAAACUUGAACCUGAACUUAAACAACCAAGAAUCUUUAACUCAUUCUUAAAACAAUUUAGUAAUCGAUCUGAAUCAUCUAUGAAUAGUAAAGAGGAUUCUCCUGGAAAAUCAGAAUUAAAGAGAAAGUCUUCAUCAAAUUUAGAUGAUUUUAUAACAAUAAAAAGAAGUUAUAAUCCUGAUGAAGAAGACAUACUAGAAAAUGAAGUAAAAUAUGAGUCCGAAUCAAGGUCAUUGGACCCAAAAGACUUUUCUAAACAAGAAAAUUCUGAAUCUACUGAUGCAAAAAGUAUUAAAACAGAUGAAAAAGAAAAUUUAACUAGAGAUUAUGAAUUACCUGUUUCAAUAGAAAAAGAAAUGACAGACAAUGUAAGCGAAGAGUCUUAUACUAUAUAUUGCAAAACAAAAUGUGUAGAAAUAGACACACCAAAAUUGAAAAUACACAAAGUAGUAACUGAUAAAGAAGAUCUAGGCAAACAUGCAAGAAAAUCUAUAAAUUUGAAAACCUCUCUGGAACAUGUUAAAAAAUUAGCAAAUUUGUCUGACAAUAAUUUUGCUAAAUCUAAUCCUGAUAGGAUAAAAUUUAAAUCGACCAUUAAUCCAGUUUUCAACAAGAAAUGUGAAGAAGAAUUAAGUAAGGAAAUAUCAAAAGAAUCAUUUAAAAAUAUGUCUAUUGUGGGUCAGUUUAAUUUAGGCUUUAUAAUAACCAAGUUAGAUGAUGAUCUUUUUAUAAUAGAUCAACAUGCUACUGAUGAAAUUUAUAAUUUUGAAACAUUACAAAAAACAACGGAAUUAACAAGUCAAAAACUUGUUAUUCCUCAACAAUUAGAGCUAACAGGUGUCAAUGAACAAAUAUUAAUGGAUAAUGUGGGUGUUUUCAAAAAGAAUGGCUUUACUUUUAAGAUAGAUGAAGGUGCUCCACCUACUAAGCGAGUCAAACUUUUAACAAUCCCAAUGUCUAAGAAUUGGAUAUUUGGCAAAGAUGAUAUUGAAGAGCUUCUGUUUAUGCUAAAAGAAAACCAAUCUGAAUACUGCAGGCCAAGUCGAGUAAGGGCAAUGUUUGCAUCUAGAGCUUGUAGAAAAUCUGUCAUGAUUGGGACAGCUUUAGGUAAAUCUGACAUGCGUCAACUAGUUGAUCAUAUGGCGGAAAUUGAUAAACCCUGGAAUUGUCCACAUGGCAGACCUACAAUUCGCCAUCUUGUUAACCUAGCAAUGGUUCAAACUAAUGAUGACAGAAUCUGAUGAUUUAAAAUAUCUGUGAAAUCAUAAAAGCUUUACUUGAAUAUUUAAAUAAAACAUAUAUUUUUUUUGU